GUGGUAAUUUUUACACACACAAUGCACUAUGCAGUGUGUGCAGGCUAGGUACUAGAAGUCACGAGUUCUUUGGAGCAAGCGGUAUAAACCCAGGUGGCUAUGCCGAGCGGGAGAGUCGUGUCCUACCUGAGGGGGCAGUUUCGCCUCCAGAAGCUGUUGUUUGCGCACAAAGACUGGAAAAUCAUUGUUUUCUCGCCAUGGUUGCCUCCUGCCUGGACGUUUCAGUGGCUUUACCUCCUCUACCGCUGGAUCCUUGUCCCUCUACUUUGGCGGCUGGCUCAUCUACUACGCCAUCGAGCCGGGACCGGCAAAGGGAGACAAGUUCGUGAUCUACCUCACCAAACUGGGGCUUUCUGUUCUGGGUCGCCUACCUCAUCUCGGCAGCCGUGGCGGUCACGGUGAACUUCAUCCGGGCGUGGGCCUGCAACCACGUCCUCUAUUUCCCGAGGAGGGACUCGCCCACCCGGCAGCUCAUGGCUGAGAGAGAUGAAGACGAGGAAAGAGACACCACAGCCAAUUGCUACCGCAAGACCCCCGACUCCACCAACUUCUGCGACAAGAUCACCUGGUGUCUCUUCCUGGUGGGUGCCGAGGCAGCCGUUCUCAUAGCACUACUGUUCUGGACCACGCUCUACAACACACCGGGUGCUGCCACUCCACUCUCGGUACACCUCCACCUUGUCAAUGCCGUCGUGGCCAUACUGGAUCUGUGGGUAUCCGGAGUGCCCCAUAUUCCUCCUCCAGUUCAUCUACAUUCAAAUCUUUGGGGCCACCUACGUCAGCUUCACGGGGAUGUAUUAUGCGUUUGGAAACAUGUCGGCCAUCUAUCCAGUGCUGGAUUACGAGGCGAACCCUGGCUUGGCGGCCGGUCUGGCUGUGGGGACGGCUGUGUUCGGUACGGUGAUCGUCCACCUCAUCUUCCUGGCCCAGUACCUCUGUCGGAGGUACGCCACGUCCCGUCUCUUGCUCAAGUACAAGAAGACAGCGAUUGGCAGCUCUUCAUCCUCAGAUACUACUACACCUAUACUGUACAAUAAGAAGAGCAAGCAACACUCUACUACCAGCAGCCGAGAAUCCUUUUUCUAGUGUACCGUUUUCAUUUAUGUAUAAUAAUAAUUUUAUGUGUUUGUGUAGUACAGUGUUCUUAUCUGUUCUGUUUGUGUAAGUAGCCUACGUAUAACAUGUACGUAUAACAUUUACCUACACUGAAAGCUUUUGGCCUCCAGGGUACACAACCCAUUUAGCUGCGAGUUUUGGGGAUAAACGGUGUAGCAGCACUUUUCGCCGUGUUUGGUUUGCUUGGCAUUGUCCGUGUUGUGGUCAUGGGGAUUUGACGCAUGUCGCCAGGUUCUCCUCCUGCUGAACGACUCCGCCUGAUUCCAUUGCACUGACUAUCCUGUAUCUCCUGAGCGAAGAGGCCAACGGUGACGGGAAUGACUGGGAAGGCAGUUCGCCGCUACUUUUCGUCCGAGUUCCGUUGUUCCCACUUCUGGUUCGUGCACGAAGACUGGCGAUCUUUCGCCUACUCUCCGUGGAUGCCGUACUGGUGGCGAGUACAGUGGAUCUACCUUGCCUACCGCUGCACCCUCUCCUUCUACUUUCUGGUGUGGCUGGCCUACAGCAUCUACAGCUCUUGGUUUCAUGGAAAACUCGAGCAGCAUUUCUCCUUCCUUGCCAACUGGAGCUUUCUCCUCUGGAACGCUUAUCUCUUUAUCUCAGCAAUCAACGUCUCUGUCAAUCAGUUGCGUCAGUACUGCUCACAGAAAAAGAGCUGCGAGGAUCGUCAGUUGAGCAAGAGGUCCUGCAGGAGGAUUUGCUGCACAUGUGGGAAAGACAGGAGCACUCUGUGCGACAAGAUCUCCUGGCUGUUCUUUACUGUGAGUACAGAGGUGGCAGUGAUAGUCACUCUUCUCUACUGGAUGAUACUGAGUGGGGGAGAUGAUGAUGACACACGGGGGUCUGCACUAAAUCUCCACAUCCACCUAUUGAAUGGCAUUACAGCAGUACUGGACCUCUGGGUUACCGGAUUUCCAGUCCACAUCUUCCACUUUUUGUACACCUUUCUCUACGCGGCGUGCUACAUUGCGUUCACUGGAGUGCAUUAUGCCACCAAUACCACUGGCAGCAGCGAAGGAAACGAAUAUAUCUACCCUGUGUUGGACUAUGGUUCCAAGCCAAGCCUUGCAGUUGGCGUUGUACUUGGAGUGAUGCUAGGACUACUUCCCCUGAUCCACAUCCUUUUCAUUUCUCAGUAUCUUGUUCGUGUCUGGAUCAUCGCACGACUGCACAAGAGGUUUGAGACCUAUAGGAAGUUUUUGCCGGUGGUGCAAGAGACAGAGACUGACCUCAAUAAUGACAAUGAGGGGAUGAGUGAGGCAGGAACUAGUAGAAUGACCUUCUCCACCACAGCUGACAAUCACUGUGAUGUGUAGACAAUGGCACUACAACUCUUACAUUAUCAGAGUAUUUUCAUGCUACAUGAAUAGUCGUA